CGAGUGGUUGUGCUCAAGAGUCAAAUGGAAUAAGGAAGCCAGGCCACCAGUCAUGCGCUGAGCGGUAUAUUAUCAUGACUGCCUGCCAAAGUCUUACAUGUUUCUGGGGUGAAGGCGCAUCAGGUGUCUUCUGCCCGUGAAGGAUCAUUGCUUGGGCGCAUCAUGGCAUUGCCAUCUCCGAGACUCUGACUGCUUCGAGGUCGCAUCGCAAUGCAACUGGUCCAACGCAACGCAACGUCCUUACGGAGAGUCCAGUAUCAGCUUGACUCUACUGGAAAUGCAAUAACGAAACCGCACCAGGCACGACCUCCGCCAAGACAACAGCGCGCCGGUGAAAAUUGCCAUCUGCAGCAGGCUACCGAGUGACUCUCACAACGCUCAGCACCAUGGAGAUAUCGUUGACGACGCAGAGUGUUAUGCCGCAGCGUACAGGAAUGUAUAGAUGGGAAGUCUUGCAGCGUGAUACCAGCGCGUAAUGCGUGGAUGCCGAACAGGCCACCACAGACCAUGACAUCGAUCGCAUUCGGCAUGCAGCAUUAUCACACGCGGAAGGCAUUGAUGCUUGAUCAUGUCCAGUGCGCUGGAAACAGCAGCUCCUUCAUGUUUGAUUGGAGCUGGCAUGCGUCACGCUAAGCGAUGUUCGAAUUUCUGGCGGUGCCGAUGUCCUCCACCUUAGCAUGGGCGAGCACCGCAUGGAUUUGCGAAUGCCCAUUCAACCUGGCAGCUCGCAGGUCAUGGAUCGUGGCAUGGAGUCAUCAUGGAGAAUCGGAACGCAAUGUUAUGUCUGCCAUAGAUUUUCCAUGUGGCUGCUGGAGAGUCGGUGCUCUCCUCGAACUGGUCACGUCACUGAUUCCUGGCGAUCGUUAUGAACUGUGAGGACGCAGCCACAGGUCGUUCUCCUCGCGUGUAAGCAGCGCUUAUAGACAAAGAGCAGAGAAGCAAAGCCCUGUUUCCUG